AUGGUUAAAACACGAUCUUCAGCGAGAGUAGGAAGCGCAGCUACCAGUGCGCCCUCUGAAAAUGGAACCUCUUCCGAACUUAGAACGCGACUCAAAGCCACCGAAAAUGGUCACCGCUCACAAAAGGCCUACAAUCAGUCUAGGAACAAUCAGGCCUUGCAGUCGAGCGGCGUGGGGCCAGGCAGCGGGUCGCAAGGGAAAGAUCCUCUUGCGCCCGCGCUGUCGGGCUCGCGUACAAUGUACCAGCAUCCAGCAGUUAGUGGCUAUAAUCCACAGGACUCACGCGCUCAGGCUCUCCCUGUCACGGCUAGCAUGCAUGUACCCAUGGCUAAAUUCAAAAUUGAUGGCAAGCGAAACGGUACAGAAAGACACUUACAGGCCCGACAGAACCCGAUGUACGCGAGCAGCAUGUACCACGGGUACGGUGGAGGAGCGGGCGGAGCAACCCUGGCGCCAAUGCCUUCACUUUCGCCCUCUGCGCCGCUACCACCCUUCCCAGUACACCCCGAUGUUAAGUUUAAGAAGCUGCCGUUCUACGACGUGUUAGCGGAACUUAUGAAGCCCUCGACUAUGAUGCCGAUGCAAGCAGGCCGUAUGCAAGAGGGCACCUACAUUUUCCACCUCACACCGCAGCAGGCAACUGAAAUCGCUUCCGGCAAGGACAUCGUCGGCGCAAGUAAUAAGUUAGAUUAUGUCAUACAGGCACAACUAAGGUUUUGUCUUCUAGAAACUUCUUGUGAACAAGAGGACCACUUCCCACCUAGUGUUAAUGUAAAAGUUAACAAUAAAAUGUGCCCACUACCAAAUCCAAUACCAACAAACAAACCGACUCCAGAACCAAAACGGCCACCGCGCCCAGUCAACAUUUCGUCGCUAGUGAAAUUGUCUCCCACUGUUGCGAAUACAAUCCACGUCACAUGGGCGGCCGACUUCACAAGGGCAUACGUACUCAGUGUGUUCAUGGUACGGAAACUCACGUCAGCUGAAUUGCUCCAACGGCUGAAAAAUAAAGGAACUAAAAAUCCAGAUUAUACAAGAUCACUUAUCAAAGAGAAAUUGUCAGAGGAUUAUGAUAGUGAAAUAGCCACAACGUCUUUGCGAGUGUCACUUAUGUGCCCCCUUGGCAAGAUGCGCAUGUCGUGUCCAUGUCGACCCGCUAACUGCCCUCACCUGCAGUGCUUCGAUGCGUCCUUGUUCCUACAAAUGAACGAAAGAAAACCUACCUGGCUCUGUCCUGUCUGUGAUCGUCCGGCGCCAUAUGAUUCACUUGUUGUAGACGGGUAUUUCCAAGAGGUGUUGACAUCAGCUCGGCUGUCGAGUGACUGCAACGAGAUCCAGUUGCACGCCGACGGCAACUGGUCGGCGCAUGCGCCCCCUCCACGAGCCCCGCAACAGCAACAGCCGACCACAGAGCCUGUCACGCUUAUCUCUGAUGAUCUCGAAGUGAUCCCAGUCGAAGGAGGAGGCAAGCGUGCUGCUGUGGGUGAAGCGCGAGCACCCAAACCGGCAGAAGUAUUAGUGGAUCUCACGUCAGACUCAGAUGAUGAGAUGCCUCUCAAACGAAAGGUUCCACAACCUAAACCCACUCCUCCCGCCUCCGAGUCCAGUGUCAAGAGUGAUGACAACUACUCGUCUUCCAGUGCGGCGGAGGCGGUGUCGUCGAGCGGGUACCGGUCGCCGGGCGCGGGCGGCGGCGCGGUGAUCUCGCUGGACAGCCCGUCGCCGCCGGCCGCGUCCCCGCCGCACGCCGCGCCCGCGCGCCCCGAGCCGCUGCCCGACCACCCGCACCUCUCCAUCACGCCCGUCGGGCCCGCCACCGCCAAAGGCACAAGUAACGAGGAGACCGGUGAAGCGACACCUGGACACUGGGCACCCUAUGCAGACACAGAAAGAGAUGAUAAUUUUAGAAAACUACAAUUGAAUACGACUAAAACAUUAAAUGGCAAGUCUAUUACGGCUAAUCAAACAUUUGGGGAAUUUAAAGUGAUGAAAAUUGAGAAGAAAACUGCCCCCAUUGACCAUCUUACCCUUUCAAUAAAAGGUAACGAGGAGACCGGUGAAGCGACACCUGGACACUGGGCACCCUAUGCAGACACAGAAAGAGAUGAUAAUUUUAGAAAGUACUGA